CUGUGUUUUCGUGUUUCUCGACACCUCGCACACUCCAUCAUGGAUCCCGCUCAGCCGAUGACGUCCAGCACUCUGGGUGAAGCCAAGUACAUCAACUUCCCCAGUCUGCCCGCCGAUGCCAAACAUCCCGAUGGAUCCCUCGCACUCAAUCGAUAUUCUUCGACGAUCACCAGAGGUCAUGACUUUCCCGGUGCUCGGGCCAUGCUCUUCGCCGCUGGCGUUCCGGACAAAGAUGCUAUGGCCAAAAGUCCCCAUGUCGGUAUUGCGUCCGUCUGGUGGGAGGGAAACCCGUGCAACAUGCACUUGAUGGAUUUGGCCAAAACGGUCAAGAAGUCUAUCGGUGAGCGGGGCAUGAUCGGGUGGCAGUACAAUACCAUUGGCGUGUCCGAUGCUAUCACAAUGGGUAGCGAUGGCAUGCGUUUCUCGCUGCAGACCCGCGAGAUCAUUGCCGACAGUGUGGAGACUGUGACCUGUGCCCAGUACCACGAUGCCUGCAUUGCCAUCCCGGGUUGUGACAAGAACAUGCCCGGAGUCGUUAUGGGCAUGGCCCGCCAUAACCGCCCGUCCAUCAUGAUCUACGGUGGUACAAUUGCGAUCGGGUAUUCGGAGUAUCUCCGGAAACCCGUCAACAUCUCGACUUGUUUUGAGGCUGCCGGGGCUUAUGCGUAUGAUUCGCUGCGCCAGCCCGAUGAUGGCGGUGAUACCAGCAAGACCAAGGAUGAGAUUAUGGAUGAUCUCGAGAAACAUGCCUGCCCCGGCGCCGGUGCCUGCGGUGGAAUGUUCACCGCGAACACGAUGGCCACGGCCAUUGAGUCUAUGGGUCUGUCCCUGCCCGGGUCCUCAUCGACCCCUGCUGCAUCGCCGUCCAAGAUGCGUGAGUGCGUGCGUGCUGCCGAGGCCAUCAAAGUCUGCAUGGAGAAGAACAUCCGGCCGCGGGAUCUGCUCACCAAGCGGUCAUUCGAGAAUGCGCUGGUGAUGACCAUGGCACUGGGCGGUAGCACCAACGGCGUUCUGCAUUUCCUGGCUAUGGCGCGGACCGCGGGUGUAGACUUGACACUCGAUGACUUCCAACGGGUUAGCAACAAGAUCCCCUUCAUUGCAAACCUGUCUCCCAGCGGCAAGUACUACAUGGCCGAUCUCUACGAGAUUGGAGGUAUCCCGUCCGUUCAGAAGCUCUUGAUCGCCGCCGGCCUGCUCGACGGUGACAUCCCGACGGUGACGGGCAAGACUUUGGCGGAAAAUGUGGCAACGCACCCUUCGCUGCCGCAGGAUCAGGACCUGAUUCGCUCAUUGGAUAACCCGAUCAAGGAGACGGGUCAUAUACAGAUCCUGCGUGGCAAUCUCGCUCCUGGCGGCGCAGUCGCCAAGAUCACCGGCAAGGAAGGCCUCCGAUUCACCGGCAAGGCCCGCUGUUUCGAAAAGGAGACCCAACUCAACGACGCGCUGACUGAGGGCCGGAUCCCACGUGGGGAGAAUCUGGUCCUGAUCGUACGGUACGAAGGUCCAAAGGGUGGGCCCGGCAUGCCGGAACAGCUCAAGGCUAGCGCCGCGCUGAUGGGUGCUAAGUUGAACAACAUUGCCCUGAUAACGGAUGGCCGCUACUCCGGGGCCAGUCACGGAUUCAUUGUGGGUCACAUCACCCCUGAGGCGGCGGUGGGGGGGCCCAUUGGUCUGGUCCGCGACGGAGACAUGAUCACCAUCAGCGCGGAAACUAACGAAUUGUCGAUGGAUGUGUCGGAUGAGGAGCUCCAGGAGCGACGACGCCAAUGGAGGCCGCCGACGCCCCAGAUCACCAGAGGUGUGUUGGCCAAGUACGCGCGGCUGGUGGGUGAUGCAUCGCAUGGAGCGAUGACGGAUCUGUUUUAG